AAAUGUUAGUAUCAGAUCAUCGAUGAACAAUAUGGAAUCCCCAAAUCGAUCAAUCUAAAUCGACAAUUUUGAAUGUUGUCGGUUUAAAUCUAACAUGAUCUACCUUCUUUCUUUCUUUUCAUUCUUCUUUUUGAUACUAUUUAUCUUCAAAUGGGUUUCAUCUCAUUUCAAUGCCAAGAAAAGCUUUCCACCAUGUCCACCAAAGCUUCCGAUCAUCGGAAACCUACAUCAACUAGGCUCGAGUCCCCAUCGCUCGCUCCAGGCCUUGUCCCAAAAACAUGGUCCACUCAUGUUGAUGCACUUUGGCAGUGUACCGAUGCUUGUAGCCUCUUCUGCUGAAGCAGCGAGAGAGAUCAUGAAAACCCAUGAUCUGAAAUUCGCUAAUCGGCCCAAGUUAAAUAUUGCCGACAUAGUUGUAUAUGGCUCCAACGACAUCACAUUUUCUCGUUAUGGAGAGUACUGGCGGCAGAUGAAGAGCAUCGCAGUGGUUCACCUUCUAAACAACACACGAGUCCAAUCGUUUCAACAUGUGAGAGCAAAAGAGGUGGCUGUUCUGAUAGAAAUGAUUAAAAAAGAUGGUGGUUCUGUAACUGAUAUGAGUGAGUUGAUGUUUUGGCUUGUAAAUAACAUAGUAUGUAAGGUGGCCUUAGGGAGGACAUAUCGUGGGUUGAAAUUCAGGAACUUGUUGGAAAGGUUCGUGCAAGUUCUUGGUGCCAUUAGCGUUGGAAGUUAUAUUCCAUGGCUGUCGUGGAUAGAUCGAUUGAGUGGUUUGGAGGAUAAAGCACAUCAAGUUGCUAAAGAACUUGAUGCGUUUUUUGAAGGUGCUGUUGAAGAACAUAUAAACAAGAGAAAAGGAAUAGAUAAUGUUCAAAGUGAUGAAGACCAAGAUUUCGUUGACAUCUUAUUGGAUGUACAAAGAGAUAACACAACCGGCUUUACCCUUUUCAAUGAUACCAUUAAAGCCCUCAUCUUGGACGUAUUUGUUGCUGGAACUGAUACUACGUUUGCAACUCUAAUUUGGUCGAUCAGCGAGCUACUAAGACACCCAAGAGUAAUGAAAAAACUACAACUAGAAGUARCUGAAAUAGCACAAGGAAAACCCUUGAUUCUUGAGAAGGAUUUGGAGAAAAUGGAGUAUCUUAAAGCCACCAUCAAAGAGACCUUGAGAAUGUAUCCACCACUCCCACUACUUAUUCCUCGAGAAUCAAGACAAGAUGUCGAACUAAUGGGGUACGAUAUUCCAAAAGGCACACAAACGAUUAUCAAUGCUUGGGCCAUAGGGAGAGAUCCUACCUCAUGGGAAGAACCAGAUGAGUUUCGGCCAGAGAGGUUCUUGAACAGUUCCACGGACUAUAAAGGGGUUCAUUUUGAGCUAAUCCCCUUUGGUGCUGGACGAAGAGGGUGUCCUGGUAUUCAAUUUGGUGUGGCGAUCGUCGAACUUGCGUUGGCAAAUAUUGUGUACAAGUUCGAUUUGACGUUGCCAAAUGGAGUCAAAGACGGGGAUUUGGACAUGAGUGAGACAUGUGCCAUAACACUCCAUAAGUCAUCACCUUUAAUGGUUAAGGCAAGUCCUCGGUUUGACAUAUAAAUAUAUUGUGUUCAAAUUCAUCAUUAUAACAAGGAUGUAUUCCUUGUAUUUUGAGCUGUCAUUUUGCAAAUUUUUGUAAGUGAAAAAAAAAUAAGAAUGCAUGGUGUGAAUAAUAUGUUUGUGAAAA